GGCUUUUGAUGAAGGCACGGCGGUGAGAAAGAUGGCGGCGGCUCUGAGACCCUCUGAGUGGUGGCAGCGGUGGCGGCGGCGCUUGUCGGCUUGGGAUGGGUCCAGGAUGUUGCUUCUUCUCCUCUUAUUGGGGUCUGGGCAGGGGCCACGGCGAGUCUGGGCGGGUCAAACGUUCGAGUACUUGAAACGGGAGCACUCGCUGUCGAAGCCCUACCAGGGUGUGGGCACUGGCAGCUCUUCACUGUGGAAUCUGAUGGGCAAUGCCAUGGUAAUGACCCAGUAUAUCCGCCUUACUCCUGAUAUGCAAAGUAAACAGGGUGCCUUGUGGAACCGGGUGCCAUGUUUCCUGAGAGACUGGGAAUUGCAGGUGCACUUUAAGAUUCAUGGACAAGGCAAGAAGAAUCUGCAUGGGGAUGGCUUGGCAAUCUGGUACACAAAGGAUCGAAUGCAGCCAGGGCCUGUGUUUGGAAACAUGGACAAAUUUGUGGGGCUGGGAGUAUUUGUAGACACCUACCCCAAUGAGGAGAAGCAGCAAGAGGCCCAGAAGAGGCGAUACUCUCCAGGAGUCCAGCGGGUGUUCCCCUACAUCUCAGCCAUGGUGAACAACGGCUCCCUCAGCUAUGAUCAUGAGCGAGAUGGACGGCCUACAGAGCUGGGGGGAUGUACAGCUAUUGUCCGCAAUCUCCAUUAUGAUACCUUCCUUGUGAUUCGCUAUGUCAAGAGGCAUCUGACGAUAAUGAUGGAUAUCGAUGGCAAGCAUGAGUGGAGGGACUGCAUUGAGGUGCCUGGGGUUCGUCUGCCCCGUGGCUACUACUUUGGCACCUCCUCCAUCACUGGGGAUCUCUCAGAUAAUCAUGAUGUCAUUUCUCUGAAGUUGUUUGAGCUGACAGUGGAAAGGACCCCAGAAGAGGAGAAGCUGCAUCGAGACGUGUUCUUGCCCUCGGUAGACAAUAUGAAGUUGCCUGACAUGACAGCCCCACUGCCGCCUUUGAGUGGCCUGGCCCUCUUCCUCAUCGUCUUUUUCUCUCUGGUGUUUUCUGUAUUUGCCAUUGUCAUUGGUAUCAUACUCUACAACAAAUGGCAAGAACAGAGUCGAAAGCGCUUCUACUGAGCCCUCCUGCUGCCACCACCUCUGUGACUGACACCCAUGAGGUGAGAGCAGAGCAGAUGCUGGCCUGAGCUCGCAGUCUGGCGAAUCUGUUCCAGUCUUCAGCAUCUGGUCAGGGACUGUGUACUGUCACUGGAGCUUUGAAUGCAAGAACCCUGUAUUCCCAUGGUCAUCCAUGGGGACAUCUAACCUGGUCCAAGAAGCCACUCACUCCAGGAAAAUGCUGCUGUGAUGUGCCUUUCCCUGCAGUCCUUCCACUUGGGAGUGAAGAGGCAUGAAAAGAAUACAGCUGUCGUGAUGCCACGAUCACAGAACAGGAUUGGACAGCCCAGGCUUGGACUGGACUCAGCAGGCCUUUCUCCUUCGUUUUUGAAUCCACAGAGAAUAGAAAACUGGUAGCUCACCUUCUGGACAUGUGUUUAUUGGGUUUUGUCUUUUGCCCAAGCUUCUAUCCACCCAAGGAGCUUUCCUUGGAAACCUGGGUGGAAACUUUCCUGCUGAAUCCUUCCUAUGUGCCUCCCCUCCAUUCGUUGUCCUCUGUAUGUGCCACCUAAGCUAGAAGAGAUGUUUGGAUUCCUCUGUGUUGGGGCUGCAGAGCAAACUUAGCUUUCUGACCCUCAUUAGGUGACCCCAGGGCUCUCUGCUUUGGCUCAAUUUAGCCUUUGUUUUCUAGUGUGGGUCUUGGUUUGGUUUGUGUGUGGGUGCCCAUCCUAAUCAGCUCCCUUGAGGCCAUUGGUCAAAUUUGGCAGAAAGUUAGUGUGCAAGUCAAGGGGAGCUUUGAAGACUUCAUGGACACCGUGAGAUGGACUGUGAACCUGACUGGGUCCAGGAGAGAGACAGAGAGCAACAUUUAUCAUGUGGUCUGACCACUUGGAGAUGUUUGUACAGACUUUCUGGAACCUGUUUAGCUUCAUGUUUUGUGUUUAUCAUGAUGUUUAGAAUUCCAUUUUGAGUGUCAGAAGUGUCAGGAAGUUGUCUUAUUACCUGGGCUUAGAUCUUCUCCCUAAAGGGAAUUUGACUUUCCUUAAUGGAGAAGAAAUAGCUGCUGUUCUCAUGUUGAAAAUCUGAGAGCAAAAGAUCCUCAUCAUCUGUGCCUGCAAGAGUCCCGGGUCACUGAGCAGCUCAGCCCGGGUGCUGUCCUCUGGGUGUCAGCUCUGUUCCACUGCCUUACCUGACAAGGGGUCCCAGGCUGCUCACCUGUCUGCCCUGUGAUUCAGUUGGUGGUGACAGGCCAGUCUCCUUGGAAGGCCUGGAACUCCUCUCCUAUGUGCCUCUGAAGCCCGAGGGGAGUUCUUAAAAGUGGCUUCUGGAACCAA